CAGGAAGGGCGGCCGACCGCGCCGGGACUCGCAGGGACCCAGGAGUCCGGCCGCCGGGAGGGCCGCGUGACGAGAUCGAGGAGGGAGCCGGAGCUCCGCGGCCCGGGGUUGCGGGCCGGGGGCGCCCGUGAGCAGAGACCUCCCCGUCGAGGGGGGGCGAUGUUCCCCUCGCCCGUGGGCUCUUCGGGCAGCCAGGGCACACCGCCGCUGGGACCAGGGCCCCCGCAGUGGGCAACCCCCCGGACGGUUCCAUGGAAACUCUGUGCCCCGCUCCCCGCCUCGCAGUGCCGGCGUCCCCGCGAGGGUCGCCCUGCUCCCCGACACCCCGGAAGCCGCGUCGGGGGACCCAAGAGUUCUCUCCGCUGUGCCUGCGUGCCCUUGCCUUUUGCGCCCUUGCCAAACCUCGGGCGUCCUCUCUGGGCCUGGGGCCUGGGGAGCUGGCGCCGCGGCCCCCGGUGCUUCUGGGCCCUCGCGCCCCCCUGUGCACCGGCGGCUGGGCCGCGGAUGGCCUGAAGCACCUCGCGGGCCCAGCCGGGCGGUCCAGCGAUCCGAACUCCCCCGCCGGUCAGGAUGCGGACGCCGCAGCGUGCCGGGGCCGCGGCGAGGAGGAAGAGGGCGGAGGCAGUUUCCCGCACUUCGGCUCUCGCUCCGGCUUACCUCCCGGCCGCUGCCCGGCGCCCCUGCGCCCUCGGGAAUCUCCGACCAGCUCCGCCUCGGCUCCGCCUCGGCCCGCCUCGGGUCUCGACUUCCAGCCCGGCCCCGCCGCCAGCCCCCAUCAGGAGCCCGGUUCCCGGCCUCCGCCGCCACCUGCGGGCCUUUCCACCGAGCCGGCGGGUCCCGGGGCCGCGCCCGAGCCGCCCGCGCCGGGCCAGACGGCCGCAGGCGAUGGAAGCCCCCCGCAGGCCGCCCCCGAGGCACCAGCCGCUAGCCCCUCGACGGCCAGCGGAGCUUCGGCCGCGCCCGGCGAUCUCCGCCAGGAACAUUUCGAUCGUCUGAUCCGCCGGUCGAAACUUUGGUGUUAUGCGAAGGGCUUCGCUCUCGACACUCCGAGUUUGCGCCGGGGGCCAGAGCGGCCGCCUGCCAAAGCGCCCGCCCGGGGAACCGCCAAGAAACGCCGGCGGCCGCCGCCCCCCCAUCGCAGCGCACAGCCCCGCCGCCCGGCACCGACGCUCCCUACCACGAGCACCUUCAGCCUGCUCGACUCCUUCCCCUGCCCCCCGGCCCUGGUGGUGGGGGAGGACGGAGACUUAGGGCCGGCAUCCUCGCUUCGCCUGCAGGGAGACUCUAAGCCCCCGCCCGCCCACCCGCUGUGGAGGUGGCAGAUAGGGGGUCCUGCUGUCCCUGAGCCCCCAGGCCUCAAAUCCUGGGGGAUCAACUUGGAGGAACUUUGAGCCUGAGACCUCUUCUGCCAAAGGGGAAAGGUUGGGGCCGCGGCCAAACUUUGGGCUCGAGGACGGGGCCUCCUUUCUCACAUUUGCCUAUUCCCUUUUAGGGGCUGCGGUGAGAGGGACCUCAAAUGACAGUGAUCUUCAAGCACCUAACCGGUUGGGGUGACACCCCCUCCCCCUCAUCCUUUGGAGACGAACCAAGGGCUGGAGUCAGGAGAAGGCUUAACGGAAAAAGGCUUAAUGACAUAGAUUCCAAUCCCUCCCUUCUUCCAUCUCGGAUCUCUGGGGGCAGGGCCUUCACCCCAGGGGGAGCAAAGGAGGCUACCGCUCAAAGACAAGGAAAAAAAAAAAAGAGGGAGAGAGACCUUGGUGAUGGACAAACCGGUUGUUUCUGUGGGCGAGCCCGGGGAUGAGGGGGCUGU